AUGAGGAGUUCCCUCUGCUCUGCGGAAAACCCUUCUCUGCCUCGUCCCCACGGCGCUCAUCCUGGCCCAUCCACACAGUCGGCGCGCCCCCCUUCAGACCCAACAACUUCCACGCUGGUCAUCGGAAGCUCCAUGGUCAGGGACCUCUACAUUCCCCCUACACCUAGCGGUCCGUCCAAGGUCUACUGCUUCCCUGUCACUGCGAGAACAGUUAAACUCUGUGUUUGUCUGUGUUGGCUCUGUUCUGUUUCCUACAGCCUUAACUUUGUAAAGGAUCUUCCGAGUCAAACAGAGAAGUAUAAAUACCUCUACGGAGAAUGUUUUUUAAACACUGAUGACAUCUCAAUGCUUUUUGAUCUUUGUGUUACCUUUAUUGUUCCAGUUACUGUCAUCAUAGCUCUGUAUCUGAGAAUAUUUGCCGUGGCUGUGUCUCAGGCUCGUGCCAUGCGCUCUCACAUUACAGCUGUCACACUCCAGCAUUCAGUGACUCCAAAGGCAAAGAAAUCAGAGCUGAAAGCAGCCAGGAAACUUGGUGUUCUUGUACUUGUGUUUCUAACGUGUUUCUGCCCAUAUUUCGUCGUAGCAUGGGUAGAUGAAAACUGGGUUAGAACUUUAAUUGGACAGUUUAUACUCUUUCUGUAUUUUUUUAACUCUUGUCUAAACCCUGUGAUCUAUGCCUUCUUGUACCCCUGGUUUAGAAAAGCAGUUAAACUCAUUGUAACUCUUCAGAUACUGCAGCAUGGCUCCUCUGAGACCAACAUGCUGUAGAGAGGCUGAGAUCAGACUUGGUCUAAGGAUAAAUUAAUGAAUAUGUUCCUGCUAUUCAGUGAGUGAAUUAUCAAAUACAGAAAGUGAAGAUAUGAUUACCCGUCAAUUAAAAUACCUGUGUUUCAGCUAUU